AUGGCUAUGCGUGAACUUGUUACAGGUGGAGCUGCUUGUCCUGCUCCUGGCUCUUCUUCUUCUUCUAAUCCUCUUGGUGCUCUCGCCAACGCUGUUAUCGGCACUUCUUCUAAGACUCAGGUCCUCUUUCUUCUUAGAACUCAAUCUGAGAGGCUAAAAGAGAUACCUACAGCCGCACCAACUACUUCCGACUCUCAAUUCUACUCGGAGACCGGUGACCAUUUCAGAGCACUUCCUGGUUCUGAGUUUGACCAACAACUUCUGCAACCUAAUGCUCAGGUCUCAGAAUUCCUUGGUGGAUUCCGCUCUGCUAAUCUUAAUGGAUUUUCAGAUGCUUGGGAUGAGAUUCAGCAACAAUCUCAACCCCCACAUUUCGAAAACUUUCCUCCUCCUCCGCGUUUUCAACCAACUUUGGAAGGACCACCACAAAGAGUCUUAUCAAGCUUUCUGCAUUCCUUUGUUGAGAGUAGUCGUGGUGGUGUUCCAUUCCGUCCUACUUCACUUCCGCUGUUAGGUUUAUCUGAAGGUGACAAGCAAUGCAUACGUGAUCGUAGCAGCAUUAUGGCUCGCCAUUUUUUUGCUGAUAAGAGUGAAGAUUUUAUCAAUGCUCAG